GGGAAACAACCACUGUGUUAUGAUAGACUGAGGCCAAUUCAGAAUCUUCAAACACCAGUAAAAAUAUUAAUGUGAUGUCAAACAUCUGAGGGAGAGGUUAGAAAGAAAUUGGACUACAGCCAACAAAUGCACGAGAUCGAGACACAUGCUGAGCUGAAAGAGAGCCUGCAGAACAGAGUUCGGAAGAAAAUACUAAUGAACCGGGCAGAGUAGCUAAGAAGAGAAGGAUGAGUACUAAAGAUUGAGGCGUGCUGAACAUCAAGGCUAAAUAAACCUAGGGGAUAGGAAGGAGCCCGAAUCGAGAGAGAGAGAAAGCGGCAAGAGCAGAGGAUUCAGAAAUCAAGAAAUUGAGUAGCAUUUUACAAUGGAACAACCAAACAACAAGCUACUAACGGGGGAAGAGAACGCUUCCUGUGGUGACACUGGAUCUUUGGCAACAGAAAAGCUCCAAAAACCGUGCUCGCCCCACAAAGAGACCUAUGUGUGUACACUGAGCCUGGAGCUGAUUGCAAAAGCGCAAAAAGAGCUGCAGGAGAAACCGGAAUGGAGACUGAGAGAUGUGCAGGCCCUCAGGGAUAUGAUCUUAAAGGAGCAGCCGAACCUGAAAACCAAUUUGGAUGAUGGCUUCCUGUUGCGUUUCCUCCGAGCUCGCAAGUUUGACUACGACAGGGCUUUGAAGCUGUUAGUGAAUUACCAUAGCAGCCAAAGGGCAUGGCCUGAGGUCUUUGACAAUUUGAGGCCGUCUGCAAUAAAACAUGUUCUUGACUCUGGGUUUCUUACUGUUCUUCCUCACCGUGAUUCACUGGGCCGACGCAUCUUGGUAAUCCGUCCAGGAAUCUGGAAGCCUUCAGAUUAUCCCAUCACAGAUGGCAUUCGUGCCAUUUAUGUAACGUUAGAGAAACUUGUGCGGACAGAGGACAAUCAAGUCAAUGGAACUGUGAUCCUUGCAGACUACAAUGGAGUUAGCUUGUCCCAGGCAACGCACCUUGGGCCCUUCAUGGCCAAAAAGCUGAUUGGAAUUCUUCAGGAUGGAUUUCCAAUGAGAAUAAAAACGGUCAACAUAAUAAACGAACCCAUAAUCUUCAAGGGCAUUUUUGCCAUCAUAAAACCAUUUCUGAAGGAGAAGAUGUCAGAAAGGUUUGUCCUUCACGGCUCUGAUUUGAGCUCCCUUCACAAGAAUGUACCACCCUGCAUACUUCCCGAGGAGUACGGGGGCACGAUAGGCAAACUUGACACUGCAGCCUGGACUGAGACGCUGUUGGCAUUCGAGGAGGAGUUUCUAGCGGAGUUUAACAACACACUUUCACCGAGGGAUGAGUCACCUGUGCAGCUUGAGUUUGGGGAAAAUGUUCAAGCGGGUCAAGCAUGUGAUGAGUCCUUUAGAACAGGGAGGUCACAGUUGUACUACUGUUAUUAAUGUUUCUUUAUUUGGCAAAAAAGGAUGCCUUGGUGUCAGGAGUAUCUUUUUGACCUAAACAAAGUGUGACUACUUUAAAGUAGGUGGUGGCAUCUCAGAUGUUACACAAGGCUGUACAACCGAAUGUUUCCGUUUUUGAAGGCAGAGUUUCUGGUUUACAUAUAUUUGGUAAGUGCUGACUCUCCCAACCUGCCAGCAGUUUGAGAUGGUGGCAGACAAACCAAGUAUUCUGCAGUUUCUACAUCAAAUAUUAUCCUACACUGUCUCAGAAAAUAUUUGCGAUUUUUUUUUAAUGUCAAUUUAGGUAAAUCGCACAAAUGGUGGCAGAGGUGAUCUGAUCUUUCACAAUCACUGUCAAGUCAUCAGUGAAGUCAAAACGCACGAGAUUUAUCACAACUGAUUUGGCGAUAGACUAAAUGGCCACUUCCAUUUUAUGAUUAACUCCCUACAGUACUGAACUUUUAAACAGAUAUUACUAAGUCACAUAAAGCUUAAUUUUU